AUGCAGAUGUACACUGUCGUCGUCUUGAGUUGCACGCUGUUUUUGCUUGGAGAAGCUGCUUGGGAAUGUGGAUCUGAAAACGAUGGAUAUGGUGGAUUAUCAAAGGGCUCGUCUCAGUUCUUCGUUCAAGUAAAUUGUCCACAACUGUUGGGUAAGGAGUUUAUUGAUACUUCUGGGUUUUUAGGUAACAAGAUGUGUUGUUAUAUAGUUUUGCGGAAACAAGUUAUGUUAUUACUCGGUGUUUGAUCAAUAUUGUUCUUGUUGUUUUAAAGCUGGAAAUGAAAAAUUUUUAUUAUAGUUAAUACUUUUCAGAUGGGAUCAACAACUGUUGUGUUGUACAUGAUGACUGUUAUGAGAAGCAACUCGGACAAAAGAGCUGCGAUGAAACCUUCUGUAAAUGCUCAAAGGUAAGUUAUUUGAUUUUGAUGCCUUAUUCUUUAUUUUUUACGUUUCAAAAAGAAAAAACUUAUUAUUGUAACCGCAGGGCAUCCGGUUGUCUGAUUAUUGUGUUCACAAGGCUACUUUAUGAUUGAACUACUAAUUUAUAAGCGAAUAAGCUGUAUAAUUUUUUAAUUUGGUGUUUGAGUCAAAUAAUGUUGUUACAGGCGGCAGUAAAGAAUCAUCCACGAUGCAGAAAGCUGCGUGAUGUUUUAUGCAAGGCUGUUCAAGAACAUGGAGCUAUUGCUUACGCUGCAAGGUAGGUAUUUUUAAAUAAAAGAUAAUGUGUUUUUUUCACUUGUUAUACAUUCAGUGUUUUACUGUUUUUUAAAAUAUUUUUAAAAAUAUAAAAACAAUUUUGCAAAUUUUGAUAGACCAAUACUGUAAUAACAAUAAGGUCAUACAGUGUUCCACAUUUAAAAUUUUACAGCGGCCGAAAAUGA